GCUCUCCCUGAAGCCAUGGCUCAACCUUUUCCACCAACCCAGUACCCUUCUCCACCACAAAAUGGCAUCCCUGCUGACUACACCACAGCCCAUACCCAUCCCCCGGCCGACUACACAGGACCAAGGACGGUUGCCGAGCACGCCCCAACACUGUACACAGCGACACACUCACAAAGCGAACAGCAAGGAAAUGAAAGCAACAACCCUUCACUAACAUCCAACACAGUAACGGCAGAGGAGGCUGUACAGACAGAGGGCUCCCAGCCGCUCCACCUGCAACCCAAUGAUUCAUCUAUGAAGCAGCAGCCUAAGAGAUUACAUGUCUCCAACAUUCCUUUCCGUUUCCGAGAUCCUGACCUCCGGCAAAUGUUUGGGCAAUUUGGCAAGAUUUUAGAUGUGGAGAUUAUUUUUAACGAGCGAGGAUCCAAGGGAUUUGGGUUUGUAACAUUCGAAACAAGUGCAGAUGCUGAUCGUGCAAGGGACAAACUAAAUGGUACAAUCGUAGAAGGACGGAAAAUUGAGGUCAACAAUGCCACUGCCAGAGUAAUGACUAACAAAAAGGUGACCAACCCUUAUACAAAUGGCUGGAAGCUGAAUCCAGUAGUUGGAGCCGUUUAUGGUCCUGAAUUUUAUGCAGUGACAGGCUUUCCUUACCCCAGUGCAGGAGCAGCCAUGGCCUAUAGGGGGGCUCACUUGAGAGGGAGGGGUCGUGCUGUCUACAAUGCAUUCCGAGCUGCACCUCCAACUCCACCUUUCCCUGCCUAUGGAGCUGUGGUCUACCUGGAUGGCUUCUAUGGGGCAGAUGUAUAUGGAGGAUAUGCAGCUUAUAGAUAUGCACAGCCAACCGGUACGGCUGCAGCUGCAUACAGCGACAGUUUUGGCAGAGUCUAUGCAACAGCAGACCCAUAUCACCAUACGAUCGCUCCUGCGGCCACUUACAGUGUAGGCUCUAUGGUGAGUCUCCUUUACAGAGGAGGGUGCAGUUGCUUCACUUCCUACAAGAAAAGGGGGGGGGGGGGGACACGCGCCCUUCCCUUCCCCGCAAAACAGACAAAAACACACAGCAACAAAUGA